GUGAGUUGAAUCCAUGGAGAUAACAACAUGGCGGAUGGUGUAAAUAAUCAAACCAGCGGAACACGAUUGGAAUAAUGACUGUGUAAAGAACUUAUCUUUGGUUUGGAGUUAGCUCCAACCAUUGACGUAACGAUGGAAGUCCACAAACUGAGAAACACCACCAUGAACCCCCAUGAUCUGACAGCUGGGAAUGAUGAUCCAAGUGAUUCCAAAGAUGUCUCGGCACUUGAAAUUCUUGUUCAGCGUCGCACUGCAGAAGAAAGGAGGAAGGCUCAACAUCACUGGACACUGUUGCGUAAUUCUGUCAAGCACACCGUAGAGGCAGUUGCUCAUGCAGACAUCAGAGAAAUUGUCAUCUCACAUGGAAUUCAUCAUGAGAGGAAGCUAAACCACACACAACCUCUACAGAAUGUCAUCUUUAUAAGCCCUAGGAAGGAAUAUCUGACGACAGAUGGGAAAGUAUUUAACGUUUUUAUGGAGGAUGGAAGAAAGAAGACGACAGUUAUCCCAGAGGAGCCGAUGAACAGAGUGGUCUACUCCACGCACACCGACCAGUACGUGGGCUGGCUGCAAGAUGAGGAAAUGCUUUAUCUGCUUGAUGUGGACUUUGAGAUAAUAUCCCAGGCACGAUGCCCUGGGAACAUCCUCCUCGGAACCUACAACCAGAACACAGGGGAGAUGGUGACGCUGGGGUCCCGCUUCCUGCAGAGUUGGUCAUUCCGAUACGGAGCCCGGCACCUUAUCCCCCGAUUGACGACCAGGACAGACUUUGGGGAUGACAACAUGUUUUCUAUGAUCGUCUUGGAGGAGACAGCCAGUCACACUCAGAGAGCUUUCCUUGCCUGUGGCCUCGGUGUUGUGGUGUACAACUUGUAUGAGGGCAAGAUGCUGGCACAUCGCAAGGAACUCCACCGACGGACCAUCACUGCCAUGACUUUCUUCAAUCCUCUCAAAUAUCUCGUCACCGGAGCACAGGAUGGCUCAAUCAAAAUCUGGGACAAUGACUGGCAUGUGGUGAUGGUGUUUGUGGGUCACCGGCGCCUGGUGAACCAACUUACCGUGUACCCCCACGGACCCUCCAUCAUCUCCGCCAGCCUGGACUGUACCAUCCGGGUGUGGAACAUGGAGACCUGUGACGAAGUAGACAGAAUUGCAAUGAGCGAGCCAGCAGAGGGCCUGGGGACAAGUAUGCAGUACGACAUCUUCCAUACAUUUGCUGGCAAGAAGGUCGACCUUUGGAGGAUUCAACACCUGUAUCAGAUGCACACGGCUGUUGGUCAUCGGGUGAUGAGCAUCAAGAUGACCACACAUCCCAACUUCGUCAUGCGAGCUGUGCUGAUGUGUCGAGACUCCAGCAUCCGUAUCGUGUCGCCACCAUCGGGCAACGUCCUCACCACCAUGAUGAUGGAUCCUGGGAAGAGCAUCAUCGAUGCUGCCUAUGCCAUAGAACAAGAGAUGCUGUUCACUGUCCUCGGUAAUGGCGACAUCAUCAAGUGCCGCACCAACACGAACCCAUGCAGUCUGGUGGCCCGAUGGAAGUGUCAAAAUGCUAACGAUGUAUGUAACUAUCUGCUGGUGUAUGAGUAUGUGGUGGACUCCACGGCUAGACAUGAUAUCUGGGCGCUCAUGAAGAAGGGCGUGGCCACUCGUAGCAUAGCAAACCUAGCCCCAGCCAAACAGAGCCGGAACCGGACUCUUCUGCUGGGUGGCCGCAGGGACGGCUACAUCUGCGUGUUCAACUGGGAGACUGGGGCCGUGGACUUCAAGGUCGAGGCACAUGGCAGCAAGGGUGUCCUCAACAUGAUCGCCAACUCAAGGGCAGACCAGGUCAUAUCAGCAGGCAUGGAUAACGUGAUCAAGGUGUGGCGACUGUACCCGUUUGCUGAGGAGGCGCUGACCCCCCUCAUGUCCUUCUACUGCGCCCACACACCCUCCUUCAUGACCACCAUCAAGACCCGGCUCUGUGUGGCCUUCCAGGACCCCUCCAGCGCCACCUUCAGCACCGUCCUCUAUAACCUCAAAGAUAAAGUAUUUGCAUCAACUGAGUCGGACAAAAUGGAUGCUUUCAAUCGGUUUGACCACAAGCCAGAUGAUGACCACCUUGACCUGAUCACAGGGAUGACCUCCUGUCCACGGAUGAAACUGUUCGCUACCUGCAGCAUGGAUGGCACUGUCCGAAUCUGGAACGAAACCAAUACUCUCAUCAGGUUGUUGCGGCUUAACACAAUGCCACUGAGUAUAGGGUUCUGCAGCCAUAAAGGAGACCUACUGCUUGGGACGGGGGAUCAUCUCUUCAAGAUACCAUAUGACAGAUAUCUCCCACGAGCCUACAAGUUCCGCAUGGUGUCGAUGAAGUUCGAGGUGGAGCCGAGUGAGGAGCCUGUAGCCUAUGACGACAACCUCCUCAACAUGCUCAGCAAACAGGAUGUGAAGAGGCUGAAGAACUCCAAAUCCUCCUUCAAGUUUGAGCAUUUCGUUGACCUUCUGUCCGAGGAGGAAGAACAGGAAGUGGUAAAGGAGAAGCUUGUGAAGAAGGAGGCAUUCUCGGAGCUUGAGGCUCGGGAGAAGGAGCUGCUUCGUAUCCGUGAUGGUGAGCUGAAGGCCAAGAUGAAGCCCAUGGCCACCAAGGAGACCAAGUCGGAAGCCUUCCUCAACUACAUGAAGAUGUUCUAUGACAAGCCCAAGAUCAAGUUGCCGGACGAUGAUCCCUUCCCUGAGGACACGGUCAAGCGGAGACUGGACGGGACAGAUGGACCUGCAGAAGAGGAGUUCCAUGGAGUUAAAGAGCCUGCCGGGUUCUUCCCUCCUCGUCCCUCCACACCAGCUAAGCCCCUGAAGCCAGCCUACCCCAUCAACCACGGCGGCUUCAUCCCCAACUCGGUGCUGGUGAAGCUGCUGUGGCCCCCGCCCCGCCCGGUCGACAUGGAGAGACAGGGCACAUAUGCACCCCCCUGUCUCACAGCGGACCAGCUUGAUCAGAUCAACCAGUUGAACAAGAACAACGACCCAUCCUUGGGAGAAAUGAAGUCAGUCACAUUUGCUACUGGUGAGGAUGUCGAUACUGUGAGAGUGUUUGACUGGGGUGAUGAUGAUGAUGAUGAAGAUGAGGAUGGACUAGGAACACCAACCAGUCCACAGCCAGAUGGGGCGGGGUCUCGUCGUACAUCGGUCAAGUCAUCAUCUCUCAUGUCCAAGAUGCAGAGCAUCAUGACACGGACCCCUUCUCCUAAGGAAGAGGAAGUUGUGUUGUCUCCAAAGUCAGCAUCACCUCACCAGGACCGGGAGAGUCCAGAGUCUUCUGGUCAGCCAGAAGCACCUCGGGUUCCGUCACCACCCAAGAGAGAACUGAAGCCUGUCCAGCCGAUCAGGAAGCUGGUAUCGAGGCCCAGAGUGCCGAUACCCUCACCGUCUCCUUCCCCGGAUACCCACACCCCCACUCCACCACCCCCACCCACACCACUACCAAACUUCAUCAAGCAGUUCAUUGGUACGGAGUGGUUUGAGAAGUACUUUCCCAACUGUACCGAGAAAACAAUGCCGAAACCAUGGAACUCCGACACUCUUGCGAACAUGAUCCUGAAGUUGAUCCGGAUAGCAGAGCUGGAGCACAAGACGGCUGUGGUGGAGGCCCUGACACUACUGUUCACCCAGGAGAGUCUGACAGGGACUGUCACUGUGCAGGUCCAGAAGGCCAUCUACUCUGCCCUGAACCACCACAGCAAGCCCCCGACCUGUGCUGUGGAGGCGGAGAAGGCCUUCAUCCUCAGCAGCGUCAGGUGUCUGCAGGUCCUGGCUGUCAAGGACAUGGACUUUGUGGUGGAGAUGAUGGUGCAGUUCCUGGAUGGUGAUCGGGACGUCAGGUCCACUAUCAUGGACACCCUUUUCGGGUGUGGUCUUCAGGACCCCCACCACAACUUCCUGAAGGAGUUGGACUCCUGGGACAUCUGGAACCUGGACGAUAGUGACCGCAAGAUGGAGCUCCGGAGGAUGUGUCAGCAGUGGCUCAACAGAUGGAUGACCUCCUACAAGCUUCACAUCGAGGAUACAAUCGACCGGAUGAAGAAGGGCCAGAAUGUCCACGGGAAGAUGACCCGGGGUCAAAUACAGAAACAGCAGGGGAAACACGGUGCCAGUGCUGGAGGUGAUGUAUCGGACGACCAGACCACCCUCACCACCCUCCCGGACGGGGUGGAGUUCGUUCCCACGGCAUCUCGCAACAUGACAAUAACCUAUGACAAGAUGCCGGACCAGACUGUGCUGGAGGCGGUCACAUACCUGGAUGCUGUCAGCUACUUCUGUGAGAUGAUGGUAGAGAAGGAGAUCGAGGCACUGAAGAAAGGAAGGUCUCGCCCACAAGGUCCCAGUAAAGAUAAAACUGGGCCUCCCAAAAACACAGUGCUGGUACUGCCAAAACUACCACAUAAAGCAGCGCUGGUCCGGCUGGGGGAGACACACACCAGUGUGUGCAGGAGAAGCAGGGAUAAACCAGUAGCCAUUGAUUUCCAAUGCCCCCCUCUUGGAGGCCGCAAUCGACCACUGGUCACAGGGGAGAUAACUACAUUUGUGCCGAGUAUCAACCUGCCAAUGAAGACCUUGUACAUGAACCCAUUCCCAAACAGACUGGACGAGUUCGAUGCCCGCUUCCAGGAACCAGUGCUCAUCACACUCAAGUCCUCCCAGAAGUUCUUUCUUCCUGAUCAGUCCUACAUACCCAUGGAACAAGUCGUGGCGCCUAGUAGCUGAAUUGUAUUAUAAACUAUAUGGAGUCAGCAAAUGGCAGCCAAAAUAAUAUUUCAAACUUUCCUUGGAGUCAUUGAAGUCAAAUAUUUUAUACAAUGGAAAUUAAUAAAUUCAUAUUUGUAAAUUAUAACUGUCGUUGAGGGGAAAUAAUUAGGAUAUUGUUGCAUAUGAAAUCAUUGAAAUUACAUAUUUGUCAGAAUAUUACUACAUGCAUAGUGCAUGCUCUAAAAGUGUUCGGACUACCUAAGCAAAAUCCAUGUAAUUAAGGUUAGAAGAAAGCAUUCUGGAAUUAAAGUUUCUGUUAAGAGGGAAAUGAAAUAUGAAUCUUUAUCCUUAUCUGCUCAUAAGUUUGUGUAAAGCACCCAGUACUAAUUUGCUUUUAAUUAGUGUCUAAGAAAUCAGUGUUUAUCAGUAUUUACAGACAAUUUAAAUGGGAUUAUUGAAUAUUUUUAGGGUGAAACUCGCAAUUUUAAUUUAGUUUAGAUUCUCAUUUCUGUAUAUAUCAAAUGUAAAUUUUUAUGAUUAGUAUAUUGAGUUUCUACCUGAUAGACAGAUUACGUGUGUGUUUUAUGUCCACACACUGUCUCUUGUUGAUUGUCAUGCUUAAUAUACACCAGGCUACAUAGAGUGGAGCUUUGUUAACUCAAGUCUUAGAGCCAUGGACAGUAGAGUGAAACAAGCAAUAUCCAGGGGUCCCCCUAAAACAUACAAGUGACACUCUGUUCAUGCCAACAGCUUACAGUAAAGUCAUCUGGAUUAACUCAUUUCUCAAUAAGGGAGUCCUUUUUGUCACAGUAAUGUCAAUUUUAUUUAGGUAGACUCUAUUGAGUUAUUUAUUGAUAAAAUCGUGGUUUCUGGACAAAUGGGGUCCUGAAUUGUUUGAUAGGCAUUACUUAGAAGUUGGCGGAUGCCAAUGUAGACACAAUUUAUGGAUAACAACUUCUUUAAUACUGUAAAGGUGACGUUUCGGUAUAGAUCCUUAUACCG